UCCUGCUCCACAGACAUCCCAGGUGAACGACAGCAGCAGGGGACCCCAGAGCCAUGGGGCGCACUCGCGACGCCAUCCUGGAUGCACUGGAGAACCUAACUGCAGAGGAGUUCAAGAAAUUCAAGAUGAAGCUACUUUCAGUGCCCCUGCGUGAAGGCUACGGGCGCAUCCCUCGGGGGACGCUGCUGCCUAUGGACGCCAUGGAUCUCACAGACAAGCUCGUCUCUUUCUAUCUGGAAGAGUACAGUGCAGAGCUCACUGCGGUCGUGCUGCGGAACAUUGGCAUGCAGGAGACAGCAGAGCGGCUGCAGGAGAUCUCGUGCAAAGGCCACACUCCAGGGCCUGCUGGGAUCCAGGAUUACCGGACAGCAGCCAAGCCAGGAGCAUCACACUUUGUGGACCUGCACCGGGCCGCCCUCAUCACACGUGUCACAGAGGUGGAUGAGGUGCUGGAUGCCCUGUAUGGGAAAGUCCUGUCAGAGCAGCAGUACCAGGCAGUGCGGGCAGAGUCUACCAACCCAGGGAAAAUGAGGAAGCUCUUCAGCUUUGCUCCAGCCUGGGACACAACCUGCAAAGAUCUUCUCCUUACGGCCCUGAGGAACACCCAGCCCUACCUGGUGGCCGACCUGGAGAAAAGCUGAGGUGUUUUCCCCAGCAGCAGCCCUGCAUACAAUCCCUGGCAGUUCCAGCCGACUCACCCCGAAUGUCUUUAUACAUACACAGUACAUGAAAAUCCAACUUGGGGAGCACCUGGGUGCCUCAGUCGGUUGACUGCCUUCCACUUGGGUCACGAUCCCAGGGUCUCAGCAGGGAGCCUGCUUCUCCCUCUCCUACCCCCCUGCUUAUGCACUCCUCUCUCUAAGUAAAUAAAUCAUCUUA